GUUAAACACGUGGUCGAUCACUACUCAACGCGGUUUGGGGUUCAAUGCGUGAUUCACGAGUUCACGUUUACGUUUAUAGUAUUUGUUGGCGCGUUACGAGAGACUUGCGCAGAGAGUGCGGCAGGUAUUGUUCAUAGAGUGACGCCGCCAUGGACGGAGGUAGAAAUGGGACACAGGGUUUCAUUAAAAAAUAUUGAUUUAUAAAAAAAAAUUCAAAAUGUACCCUACGUUAGACCUGUUUGAUUAUUUUUUUUUAUAAAUUGAUGAAAUACGAAACGCUAUCAUUUCUAAGCAUUUUUGCAUUAUUGAGAUAGAAAUUCUUUUAAAUCGUCGUAUAUUUUACUAUAAAAAAUUAAAAGAUUGUCGGUCUAUAAACCGAUAGGUCUUAGUUAGCUGUUUCAGUCAUUGCGAGAAAUUUAGCAGGUUUUUGAAUCAAAAAACUUAUUUAAAAUUCAUUGAUGUAUUUUGCCGAAACAAAUUAAAAAAUUGGCUCUUGGGUCUGAAAUGAAUGUAUUUCAGACAUUUUUUUCGAGCGAUUUAACAGGUUUUUGAACCAAAUUUCUAUAAUAUACAUUUUGCCAAAAAAAUCUAACAAUUUUUUUUUAGGUCUGAAUUACGCUAUUUCAUCUAUUUCCGAGCAACUUUGAACAUUUUCGAGACACUAAAAUGAACGUAUUUUUCCGAAACGAAUUUUGCCAUAUUAUAGUCUACUUUCUGAAAAAAAGUAAAAUUAAGCAAUGGAGUAUGUCUGGUACUGGGGAGUCUCUAAAUUCAGCAAUGAACCUAAUUUCAUCUUCUUUUCUAUCUUAUCAGAUAUUACAUACUCUCUCGCAUUUGAUAAAAUCAAUAUAAAGUAUGUUGUAACACUAUUAUGAUUUAUUUUCAGUUAAAAUCGACGAACAAUGUUUGUUGAAAGCUUUCUUAAUUCUAUUAAAAAACUUUGUUGUUGUUCCUGUGGUCAACAAUUAGAUGAAGAUUUGGAAGACAAUUUCGUGAUAACAGAGAAUGUCAACGAAAGUGUUCUAGAACAAAGUCUUCCUGACCAAAACGUAAUAAACUUUAUACCAGUUACUACACAACAGCUAGUUGGACCUAGAAAACAGCGAGGGCCUCAAGAGCUAGAAGCAGAAACAAAUAGGCAAGAACCAAAACCUCUACCAAAACCUCUAGUUGUUACUGAACAGCCAUCUGUUCGUCGAUUUAAUUAUUUCGUUGAUAAAAAUGUGGACGGAGAUAAUUGUAAAGUGAAACCA